AUGUGCAACACCGUGAUGGAUGCUUACGUCCUCGUUUACCAUCUUAUCUCACAUCCGUGCAGCAAUACGCCUUUGGUGAAGGUAAACGGGAAGGAAAUUUGGGAGGGCCAACAGAUCAUGGCUGUGUACUCCCUUCAAGGUGCGAUUUUUGAGAAGCACUUGCUUAACAACGUGAUGCCUGGUUUCUCUCAGGGUAGCAACGGCUCCACCAUUCAGACGUAUGUCCGCUCAUGGCGUUCUUUUCUGGUAGCUGUCGUCAACAUCAAAACCGUCUUUUCGUCGCUCGCCGACAAAUGGUCUCUGCUAGGUUUAGAGGACAAUCCAUUGGACAGAACGGAAGACAUUGCUUUGAGGAAGUGGUCAAGCGUAGUGCUGACACCGAGGAUGGUUUCCCAGCUCCGCAAAGAGCUGCGUGCGCUUCUUGCAGACGAGCGUGCCGGCCACGGUGCUCCGGACCUAUCUUUUGCCGUGGAAAUCAAAGACGAACUGUCGAUGCUUCCCGAUUCAAACUACUAUCGAAGUGUAGUAGAGGUGGACUACAUUCGCGACAUGUGCGAUUACUGUUGGUCCAAAGUCCGCGGUGUCGUUGACUCUGAUCUCUUCACCUAUGCAAAGCUGUGUCUGGAGCUAAUUGAGGAGGAGGUGAAGCGCGCAGAAACGUUCCUCACUUCCAAGGACCACGCUGUGGAUCGGCUGGUGGAAACAUUGGUGGACGAUCGCAUAUCUGCCUUCGAAUGCGGCAGGCUUUCUCAGUGGCUUGGUUCGAUUGGUCAACGCGAGACAGACGAGAAACUGCAGACGGUGUUCCACCUUCUGUGGUGGAGCAAGUGUAAGGGCGCACCUCUCAUGGAAGGAAUGUUCAAGGAGAGCGUAGGGCAGCACACAUCUACUGCGCUGACUGGAGCAGUACGCGCUGCAGGCGAAGGCACUGACGUGUACGCCGCCGUUAUCGAGUGCUUUGCUUCUAUUAUUCGAAAGUACCGCGAUGUCGUCAUGACGAUUUUCGACUACAACGGCUGCAUGCUGGAGGCGAUGGACGAUGGGCUGCGGUGCGGCUUUACGAGUCUGCGUUCCUUUAACUACAAAAAACUUGCUGACCGCCUGGCAGUCUUCUCCAAUGCAAUUCUGGGGAACACAGGCUCCACGAAGCUUCGUCUCGAGGAUGUGGUGAGCGUGUAUUACUUUUUGCCGGACGCUGAAAACGCCGCAAAGGAUGUCUUCCUUGUCUCUUACCAGAAGCAUCUCGCCAAGCGACUGCUCCUGCACCACUAUGACGAGGCGAGAGAGCAGCGUUCGAUGGAGCAGCUGGUGCAGAUUAAACAGAGCCCUAUCCUCUUCUGCUGCCGAAGUAUGCUGAAGGCGACCACCACGCAGAGCAUCUACGUCGGCGCUUCGAGCGUGAAUGGGGUGAAGGUGAAUCCCGCUUUGCUCUCGAGAGGAACUUGGCCGAGCCUUCCGCACACUCUGGCGAGUUCCGGUGUAUCUGAUUCCCUACUGCGUCAGAUCGAAGAAGCACAGCGCAUCUGCAGCACGCGGCGGCAUGGGCAAAGGAUCGAGUUUUCGGCGCCCUACUCCUCCGCCGUGAUACGGAUGCUCCGGCCAGCAGGGUCGACUGCGACGGGGGACUCGGUUCAGUUGAAGGUGUCGUUCUUGCAAAUGUGCAUCAUUGAUCACUUCAACGUGAAAUCGCAGUGUACAGUGCAAGAGCUAUGCGAAUCCCUCCAAGUAUCGGAGGUGGAGUGCGCCUUUGCCUUGAACCCGUUGGUAAGUGCCACAGUUCUCAAGCUUUCGGGAGCAAUGGAACCGAGCUCCAUCGUAUCGCUUGGCCCAUGUGAUAGCUCGAUUGAUGACGUGAUCAACGUGAUGCCGUUGGAGUUUCACAGCUUCGCUCACCGCGCCGUUGUCAAAUCUCACGAGCAGCGCACGUUUCAGAGCGCGGCAAAGGCAAAUCCUCAAAAGAUGGAGAGCCAAGUUGUGCAUACGCUGAAGCAAAGCGGCUCGAAGACGGCCGAGGAGCUGAUGACAUUUCUCACCUCUGCGAUGCAGCCUCUCAUUGUUUCGCGCGGCGAGCUGAAGCGCGUACUGGAAAAGCUCAUUGAGCGCGGUCUUCUUGUCCGAGAUGACUCUGAGCGCAAGUUCGUAUACUCGCCGUAG